GAGAAGGGGCAACACAAAACGAAUACGCACAUGCGGGUCGCUUGGCCGGCGUCAGCGCAAGGAAGGGGGCUCGGUGUGUGCGUGCGUGCACGCGAGGGCGUUUUCAUCGGCCAGACCGCGUCGACGAACGAAGCGGGGAACCCCGCUCGGUCCAAAAGAAGGAUGCGGCCCGUGCAGUGGAUUCUCUCCGUUCUCGUGGCGGGACUUGCGGAUUGCUUGGAGUACGAGACCCUCUGGGGACCAAAGAACCCUCACACAAAAUGCUACGACAUCGUGGGAUACCAUCCGUGCAGGGUGGCGCAUGCCGGGUCCAGGUGGCACUUCGACAUGCAGACCAAGAGCUGCUUAAAGAGCCAGUUCUGUGCAGAGGACAACAACAACUUCCACACUAAGACCGAGUGCGAGUACGCGUGUCCCGCUUAUUCGUUCUGUCUGUUCGAGAAAGCUGAAGGGCCUUGUACCAACACCACUGGACAUAGCCAGUGGUACUUUGACUCGAAAGUUCAUCGGUGCAAGAAGUCGCACCAGUGCGUCACUGGAGGCAACGCUUUCGUCACGAGAGUGGAUUGUGUCUCCAAGUGCCGAGCAGUCGAUGUCUGUGAUGCGCCGAGACCAGCGGAGCUGUGCAGCAGUGACCAAAGAACUGUUUGGUACUACGACCGAGAAGAUGGACGCUGCCGCAAGGACGUCAACUGUCACUUUCGUGGAAACAACUUUCCCUCCCUCCACGAAUGCGAAAGAAUCUGCAUAAAACGCGUGGCACCAAAGCCUGCCCCGAGCCAGGUGUGCUACACGUUCCCGCCGACGUAUGGCUGCGGUCGGUUGGUCGAGAGGUGGGUCUACAACAUGGAGUCCAAGAAGUGCGAGCGGAUGUACGUCUGCCCAAAGUCCGGCAACAGCUUCGUUCGCAGGAGCAGCUGCGAGAAGAGCUGCCCUUCGGAGUCCUUCUGCAGUUUUCCGAGACCUCAAGAAGAUGUCACUUGUGCCAACUACCCCCCGGCGAAGCACACCUGGUACUAUGACCCCAACACACUCGAAUGCCGGCUAGGCGCCGCCUGUCACUUGGCAAGGGGCAACGCAUUCCCUACUAGGGAAAGGUGCAGCCAAGUCUGCAGAAGUCGCGAUGUGUGUUACGAGCGUCCGAGCCCACCGUCGUGUCCUGGAAAGGAGAGGACCGUAUACACAUACAACGCCUUGAAAGGGACCUGCGAGAAGUCGAAAGGCUGCAACAACCAAGGGAACAACUUCCCCACUGUACAGGAGUGCAGAAAAGUUUGCGAACGACAUCGAUCCCCAGAAGACUGUCGCCACUGGCCAAACCGCGGACCGUGCUACGCAUUUAUAUUCAAGUGGUAUUACGACCCUUACCACAAGGACUGCUUCCAAUUUCUGUACGGUGGCUGUAACGGGGGUCCAAACCUGUUCGACUCAAGAGAACAGUGCCGAGGCGUUUGCUUACGUGAAAACCUUUGACCGCACCUCAGACGGAGCCGGUUGGUAAGACAGUUCAACACGCUGGUUUGGUAGGACGGGGCAUAAUAAAACGAAAUUAUGCUCAGGA